AUGGAAUCUUUGGCAACAACCAUUCGUUUCGUCACGCUGAACUGCCGAACACUAUCGAGUGAACUCCAACAAGCCGCUCUAUCCAGACUUUUGCGAUAUCUCUGUGCGCCUUUUGCUACACUGCAGGAAACACGCAUGAGGGAUCGGCCCGUCAUCAGCAUCGAAAAUUACACCAUAUACUGCGGCGAUGCUGAUGAGAACAAAGUAGGUGGCUGCGCGAUAGCUGUGAGGAACGAUUACAAGAACCUGGUGGAGGAAUUUGGCUCAACGUCGUCUAGAUGUGCCUUUCUACGAUUGCGGGAUCGCAGAGGACGCAAACUCUGGAUCGUAAGUGCUCACGCACCUACGGAAACCGCUAAGGACAACAGUAAGGACGCCUUCUAUGAUGAACUCAAUGCGCUGAUGUCUAAAAUACCAAGCCAGCAGGUGGUCAUUGUCGGAAUCGACGCAAAUGCGAAGAUGGGACUCGAACAGCAAUCCGAUGUGCUAGGAUAA